AUGGCACUGCCUGCGAGUGCAGCCAGGGCGCUCUGGCGGCCACAGCAACCGGAGCGAGGAGCGCCCGCCCGCACCACCUGUCCCCGCCGGCAUUCCAGAGUAGAGGCCGAAUUGGCAGAGAGCCGGCCCCGAUCAGUCACCGCCUCAGUCUGCGAAGACCCUCCUAGGGGUGUGUCUCCCGGAUUCAACCCUCAGCCGCUGCCGGACGAGCCCCUAAAGGCGUCUUCCUCCCAGGCGGGAGCCGCGCGCGCCCCACUCUUCGCGCUGCUGCCCCGAGGCCGCCGCAGGCGGAUGCACGACCUCCGGAGACGCUGGGACCUGGGCUCCCUCUGCCGGGCCCUGCUCACUCGGGGCCUGGCAGCCCUGGGCCACUCUCUGAAGCACGUGCUCGGCGCGAUCUUCUCUAAGAUUUUUGGCCCCCUAUCCAGCGUCGGGAAUAUGGAUGAGAAAUCCAACAAGCUGCUGCUGGCUUUGGUGAUGCUCUUCCUAUUUGCCGUGAUCGUCCUCCAGUAUGUGUGCCCCGGCACAGAAUGCCAGCUCCUCCGCCUGCAGGCGUUCAGCUCCCCGAUGCCGGACCCGUACCGCUCAGAGGAUGAGAACUCCGCCAGGUUCGUGCCGCGUUACAAUUUCAGCCGUGAUGAUCUCCUGCGCAAGGUAGACUUCGACAUCAAGGGCGAUGACCUGAUCGUGUUCCUGCACAUCCAGAAGACCGGAGGUACCACUUUUGGCCGCCACCUGGUGCGCAACAUCCAGCUGGAGCAGCCUUGCGAAUGCCGCGUGGGUCAGAAGAAAUGCACUUGCCACCGGCCGGGUAAGCGGGAGACCUGGCUCUUCUCCAGGUUCUCCACGGGCUGGAGCUGCGGGUUGCAUGCCGACUGGACCGAACUUACUAGCUGCGUGCCCGCCAUGGUGGACGGGAAGCGCGAUGCCAGGCUGAGACCCUCCAGAAACUUCCACUAUAUCACCAUCCUCCGAGACCCAGUGUCCCGGUACUUAAGCGAGUGGAGGCAUGUCCAAAGAGGGGCGACAUGGAAAGCCUCGCUGCAUGUCUGCGAUGGAAGGCCCCCAACCUCCGAAGAGCUGCCCAGCUGCUACACUGGCGAUGACUGGUCUGGCUGCCCACUGAAAGAGUUCAUGGACUGCCCCUAUAAUCUAGCCAACAACAGACAGGUGCGCAUGCUCUCUGACCUCACCCUGGUAGGCUGCUACAACCUCUCUGUCAUGCCCGAAAAGCAAAGAAACAAGGUCCUCCUAGAAAGUGCCAAAUCCAAUCUGAAGCACAUGGCAUUCUUCGGCCUAACUGAAUUUCAGCGGAAGACCCAGUAUCUGUUCGAGAAAACCUUCAACAUGAACUUUAUUUCACCGUUUAUCCAGUAUAAUACCACUAGGGCUUCUAGUGUAGAGAUCAGUGAGGAGACCCAAAAGCGGAUUGAGGGGCUGAAUUUUUUGGAUAUGGAAUUGUACAGCUUUGCGAAAGACCUUUUUCUGCAAAGGUAUCAGUAUAUGAGGCAGAAGGACCAUCAGGAUGCUAGGCGGAAGCGUCAGGAACAGCGCAAAUUUCUGAGAGGAAGGUUCCUUCAGACCCAUUUCCAGAGCCAGAGUCAGGUCCAGAGCCAGAAUCCGAAUCAGAAUCCGAGUCAGAACCCCAAUCUGAACGCAAAUCAGAAUGGGACUCAGAAUCUGCUUCAGAAUCUGCUUCAGAACCUGACUCAGAAUUCAAGUCAGAAUUCUAGCCACAAAGAGAACCGGGAAAGCCAGAAGCAGAACCCAGGCCAAGAGCAGAGUGAUAGCAACACCAGCAAUGGAACCAAUGACUACAUAGGCAGUGUAGAGAAAUGGCGUUAAAUGGUUCCCAAAGGCUUUUGUGCACUCCUCCCAAAACACUAGUAAAAAUAUAGCAAAUUGGAAAAGAUGAGAGUGCCCAAACACAUCCUGCUUCCUUAAAUUUGGAAGCUAAAAAAAGUUAAGCUGUUGCCUUUACAGUUGCCUUUCAAUUAAAUGUUAUACUGUGCGUGGGUAAAACAAAUCUCAAUAUGUAAUUAAAUUGUCUUUUUUGUUGUUGUUGUUGUAGUUUUUGUACAAUCCAAAAACCAAACCAGACUCACCAGAAAUGGCUCUUUAGAUAUCUUCAGAAGUUCUUAAAUUAGUUAUAAAGACAAAAUGAAAACAAAAGGUGGCCAUUUAACUUAUCACUAAAAAAAUGGACUUUAAAUUAUUUAUGAUAAAUUAAAGACUGUUAAAACUCAGUCUUAGAAGCAAAUUUUUUUCAGGGUUAAGCAUAAAAAGCCUAAAAUUAAACACACAACCUUUCAUUUUCUACAUUUUCUACAUUUCUACAUAAAAUGUAGAAAAUGAAAAAUUUCUCUCCCAAACAUGGGUAGUUUUAUGUAAAAAAAUGCUGGCUUUUCAAUUUGAACAGAACUCAUAUCUUGAUAUUUAAGAGAUGUUUAAAAUUUUAAACUUUUUCUAUUUUCUCCUUCAAAGGUUUUAAACAGGGUGUAUCUCAUAUUAACAAAACACUUUUUUUUUCUAAACAGAAUACUAAUGUUAAUAUCUAAUUUCCAGACACUUUACGGGCACUGUAAUUUCAACAAUUCUGGAAUCUUUUUGGCACUGCUUCUCAUUCAUUUUAAGGCUUCUGAGUUGUGCUCAUCCCAAACUAACCCAUUUAUAGAAUCCUUCUUCGUCAUCUAAAUAGUGUGUUGCUGAAUUUAUUGUGAUAUAUAAUCCUGUAUAAAAGUCAGGAUUUUCUAUAGAAUUGUCUUAUCAAUAUUUGUGUAGUGAAGUCCUUAUCAAGAAACUCUUGAACAGGAUAAUGUGUCUAAAAAUAUUGCUGAAGUUAUUCUUGAUCAAAUAGAAUUGAACCUGAAUGUGAAUGAAUUGUUAUUUACUUUUUGUACAUUUUUACUGUGAUGUUUCCAAUUGGGCUGGCUAUUUCUAGCCAGUUAUUUCUUUUUUGUGUUGACAGAUUGUAGACAAUUACACGAGAAAAACAAUGGUAGACUAAGCAUUAGGAUAGCCAGAGUUAUUCAGUAUCACCAAAAGCUGUACCUUGAUUCUUUGGGUUAACCCUCUACUAGGUUUUGUUUUAAGAAAGAACCAAAGGAAACAGUGUUCUGUUGUGAGGUUAAGUAUCAGCCUAUAAAUUGAGGAAAGUGAUUUAGUAUUGUAAGUCCAUACAUAAAUACUUUUAGGAUAUUGAUUAUGAAUUGAGCAGGGCAAAAAAAAAAGUAUGUAACCCACUGUGCUAUGAAGCUGUCCAUCAAACAAGGCAACUAGGAGUGGCAUUUGUUUUCAGGAGGGCCAUGCUUAGAAGUGUGACCAUAAGUCACACCUUGUACAAUCUGCUCAUUUGCAUGAUCUGGUUUCAUCUGUAAUAAUAUGGCCACAGGCUGGACAAGAAGCUGAGUAUUUGGGUUUAAAAAGAAAUUUUCUUGACUCUGAGCUUGUAUUAAAAUAUCUAAAUUGUGCUUUAUCUGACAGUAUUGCAAUCUUGGUAAUUCUGAGAACUGAAAGAUUGAAAGGAAUUAAAAAAAUAAAACACACCAAGUCAAAGUAUUUUAGAGUGAAACUAUUUUGUGUACAUUGUGUUUUUUAAAUCAAGAUUCUGUAGAUCACUGUGGUAAUUCAAUUUUGUUUAGUUUUAAUUGAUAAUGUUUGCUCUAAAAACUGAUAGUUACUGUUAGAAAGCAGGAUGAAGCCUGAGCCAGUGGAAAAGCUUGUUACAGAAAAUCAUUUUUUGUUGUUGCCGUGGUGUGCAUGAUUUGCAGAAAUUAAGUACAUUUUUUUUGGUCUAUACUAAUUAUUGUAUAUAAAGGAUGUUAUAAAUAUACUUUUUUGUCAGCAUUAUGUAAAUCCCAUGAUUUGAACUGUAAACAUCUGUCCAAUGGUGUAGCUUUACAAACAAUUCACUGAUUUUGUGUAAUUUAACAAUAGAUAUGAAAUAAAGUUUAAAUUUCAGGCUCUGA